CUAAUGCAGUUGCAGUGGAUUGUGGGAAAUAGGCUUUGUUGUGACGCUUUUCUUUGAUGUUGUCAUAAAUAAAUGGAAGAUUGGACUUUAGGAAUCAAUGAAUAAACCAUGAAUUUUGAUGGCCUUGAUUCUGGCCUGGGGGAAUAUUCAUCAUCCCUGCAUCCUGGCAUUGACCCUUCCCUCGACAAUUCAAUUGAGCAUUCCCUGGACCCAAGGCUUGACCCAAACUUACUGCAGAAUGUGGAACUGGAAGCUGAUGGUGUCCAGCUGGAUGGCAUGCCAGUCUCAGUAUCUGAAUCUGUACACCUUGUGGAGGGAAUGUAUUCAGCACUGCAUAGGGUUGUCGCAGAAGUCGGAGUCCCUGUAACCGCCUCACAUUUUGACCUUCAAGAUGAAUUGCUCUGGGUGGGAAAUCAUGGGGGCCAUGCAACCUCCUUCUUUGGUCCCACUAUGGAACGCUACUCAUCCUUUCAAGUUAACGCCACUGAUGACAUACGUCACAUCCAAAGCAUAGACAGUGGAGUGCUCUUUUUAAAUAAGAAUAACCUCAAGUGCUUUACUCGAGGAGGACUUAUAAUGUUUGAUUAUGCUAUGGAUGAAGUUGAGGACAUGCACAGUCUUCUUCUCACUGACAACAACUCUGUUCUCUUGGGGGGCCUUCAGAAUCAUGUCAUAGAAGUAGACUUAAAUGCAGUACAAGAAAGUGAAAAGUACACAGUUGAAGUUCCAGGAGUUACAAUCAUGCGACAGUCUAACCGCUUCUUCUUUUGUGGCCAUACAUCAGGAAAGGUAUCCCUCCGAGAUUUGAGAAGUUUUAAAUUGGAGCAUGAAUUUGAUGCUUACUCUGGAAGCCUCUCUGAUUUUGAUGUACAUGGAAACCUGUUGGUAACAUGCGGCUUUUCAAAUCGAAUGAAUGGCUUGUCAUGUGACAGAUUCUUGAUGGUGUAUGAUCUCCGAAUGAUGCGGGCAAUCAGCCCAUUGCAGGUUCAUGUGGAUCCUCUUUUCCUGAGAUUUAUUCCUACAUACACAUCAAGACUGGCCAUCAUCUCUCAAUCAGGGCAAUGCCAGUUUUGUGAACCAACAGGCCUUGCAAGCCCAGCAGAUAUUUUCCACAUUAACACUGUAGGACAGUUAGUCAUGACAUUUGAUGUAUCUUCUAGCAAGCAAGCUUUGGUGUUUGGAGACUCUGGAGGAUGUGUACAUCUAUGGGCAGACUCACCAGAUGCCACGUUUAAUGCCUACUCUCGUGAGACAGAGUUUCCAAUGCCAUGCAUGGUAGAUACUCUACCACACCUAGAUUGGAACGAUGAUCUUUUGCCUUUAUCGCUCAUUCCCGUCCCUCUUAUUACUGAAUCUCUAUUGUCUGACUGGCCAACAGCAAACUGUAGUGUUACGCCCAGACGAGCUCCACCUGUCGAUCUUGAGAUACUGCGUACUAUGAAGAAAGUUGGGUUUAUUGGAUAUGCACCAAAUCCCAAAACAAAGCUGAGAAAUCAGGUUCCAUAUAAAUUGAAGGAGAUGGAUGCAGAAUUUGACAGCUACAAUCAAAUCCCUGAGUCUCCUAUUGGAAGGGAGGAGGAGCCUCAUCUGUACAUGGUGCCAAAGAAAUAUCGAAAGGUCACUAUAAAAUACUCAAAACUUGGUUUAGAAGACUUUGAUUUCAAACACUACAACAAGACGCUGUUUGCAGGUCUGGAGCCACACAUUCCCAAUGCUUACUGCAACUGUAUGAUUCAGGUGCUGUAUCUGCUGGAGCCCAUCCGCUGCCACGUUCAGAAUCAUCUAUGUCAGAAAGAAUUUUGCUUGGGCUGUGAACUCGGAUUCCUAUUUCAUAUGCUUGAUCUUUCACGAGGCGACCCGUGUCAGGCCAGCAAUUUCCUUCGUGCUUUCCGAACUAUUCCAGAAGCAUCAGCUUUGGGAUUGAUCUUGGCUGAUUCUGAUGAAGCAACUGGGAAGGUGAAUUUAGGCCGACUCAUACAGAGCUGGAAUCGAUUUAUAUUGACGCAACUGCACCAAGAGACACAGGAGCAGGAGGGCCCACAGGCCUAUCGAAGUGUCAUGGGGAGUACAUUUGGAUCCUCUGGUGAAUCUGUGAUUGGGAAGCUGUUUGGUUGUGAAGUUGAGAACUGUAGUACUUGCCGCUGUGGAAAAGAAACUGUUCGCGUUUCUUCAAGUCUGCUUUUCACUUUACAGUAUCCUGAUAUGAAAAGUGCUGACAAAAGUAUUCGACAGUAUGAGUUUGCUGAAGUACUGAAGAGAAGUAUUUGCCUUGAACAGAACACCCAGGCCUGGUGCGAAAACUGUGAGAAAUACCAACCUACGGUUCAAACCAGGAAUAUUCGAUGCUUACCUGAUGUUCUUGUUAUUAACUGUGAAGUGAACAGCAGAAAGGAAGCUGAAUUCUGGAAAUGCCAAGCUGAGUAUGAAUUACACAACAAGAUGAGAAAGGAAGAUUUGGAAGCAAUGAAAAUGAAAGAAAAUAACCCAACAGAAUGGUUUUGGAGUAGAUUUGUAGCUCGGAUUUUGAACCCUUCAGAAGAUGAGGAGAGCACUUAUCUAUAUGAUCUGGUGGUAACAGUGGCCCACAUUUUAGAUCCUCGGGCUGGUGGAAAUCUUGUGGCUCAUAUUAAGGUUGGGGAAACGUAUCAUCAGCGAAAGGAGGGUGUCACUCAUAAACAGUGGUAUCUGUUUAAUGACUUUCUCAUUGAACCAAUUGACAAGUGUGAAGCUAUGCAGUUUGAUUUGAGUUGGAAGAUCCCCUGUAUUCUGUACUACGCUAGACGAAAUUUGAAUUCCAAGUAUGAUUUAACAAUAAAAAAUCCAAUUGAAGCAAGUGUUUUGCUGGCAGAGGCAUCUCUUGCUAGAAAGCAGCGAAAAUGUCACGCAACUUUUAUUCCAUUAAUGCUGGAUGAAAUGCCCCAGCCUAGUGAUUUAGUGGGCUUGGAUGCAGAGUUUGUCACAUUGAAUCAGGAAGAAGCAGAACUGCGUAGCGACGGAACAAAAUCCACAAUCAAACCCAGCCAAAUGUCAGUUGCCAGAAUUACCUGUGUGCGAGGUCAGGGACCGAAUGAAGGUGUUCCGUUCAUUGACGAUUACAUUUCCACACAGGAGCAGGUUGUAGACUACCUGACUCAGUAUUCUGGAAUCAAACCUGGAGAUCUUGAUGCCAAAAUUUCAUCCAAGCACCUAACCACCUUGAAGUCAACGUACCUGAAAUUGAGAUUCCUUAUUGAUGUUGGAGUAAAGUUUGUGGGACAUGGGCUGCAGAAGGACUUCAGAGUCAUAAAUCUUAUGAUACCAAAGGAGCAGGUGAUAGACACUGUGUAUUUGUUUCACAUGCCUCGGAAGAGGAUGAUUUCAUUGCGUUUUCUUGCAUGGUAUUUUCUAGAGCUCAAAAUUCAGGGUGAAACGCAUGACAGUAUCGAGGAUGCUCGCACAGCGCUACAGCUCUACCGCAAAUACCUGAAAUUGACUAAGCAUGGUAUAGAUGUGGACGAAUUCCGGAAAAUACUUAAAGGUCUCUAUGAGAAAGGCAGAAAGAUGGACUGGAAAGUACCAGAACCAGAAGGAGAGGUGCAGAAUAGUCCAAAAAGCACCCAGUUUUCCCACCUCUGAUGGGUUUAUAUUGUGAAGACAUAUGAAUGAACUAUCUAACCUAAUGAGGAGCGAAUCCUGCAGCAUUUGAGGGGGAAAAACAUUUGUAUUUUUAAGAUUCUGGAAGAAACUGUUUUCUAAAUGGAGACUGCGUGGAGAAUGCUUGACAUGUCAGAGUAUUAAAUUAUAUCACCAACGAAUAUUGAUCUGAGUGGCCGAGAAAUGGGGAGGAAAAUCAGAUUGUUUGGAAAAAUAACAGUAACAAGUCACUUUUAGUCAAAUGUAAACUGAGAUGUGUUUUGAUAUGAAAACAGUAAAUACUGGAAAUAAUUAGGUCAGACAGCAUUUCUGGAAAGAAAAACAAAGUUAAUGUCUCAGACUAAUGCUGCAACUGCACUCGCCCUUACUGAGGACCAGCAUUCUGCCAAGGCUUCCAAAUCUCCAGAGGUUUCUCUGCAAACAUUCCAUUUAUUUUUAUGAGCUAUUUUUCACUUUUUUCUAUUUAGUUCCUUUUUUUGUUUCCUUGCCUUUAAAAACAAAUGCCUUCCUAGAUCUGUGCUCCAAGGUCAGGAUGAUUUCCCAGUGACAAAGAAGGCAGGACGCUUGAUCCAAAUAGCCCUGACAUGGCUAGCAGACUUCAAGAUUUUAGUAGCUCUGCAAUUGAGUGGAAAUCAAUAAAACACUUGUUUGUUCCAGGAAAAAAAGGGAAGAAAAUACAUGGGGUUCAUAAACACAUACAUGGGGUUCAUAAACACAUUCAUGGGAAUAUUGUCAUACAUUGUCAUCAGAUUGCAUGUGCAGCUAUUAUUCAGUGAAAUCAUUGCUUUGCAAGAAAUUUUAGCCUUCCCCGCUGUAGAGAUUGUGUUUUAAAUACUGUCAUGUUGACGAAGGUACCCCACAUUGAUUUUAAUAGUUCAAUAAAAUAUUUUAGGUUGUUUUAUGAAACAGUACAUGGGAAUGAUGCCAUGACAGCAUUGUCACCGUGGUGACAGUCCACACUAUUCUCUUAGAAUGUUUUUACUGUGCCCUCCCAACUUCUGGCCAACAGGAUCUUCAGCUGCUACAUUGCUGAGGUUCCUGAAAUUCCAGGGCUUUUGGAAAUCAUAACAACAUUUUUGAGCUUACAAAUCAUUGUCAAAUGGCUAGCAAUUUGUAUAUAUGGUGUGAGACAUAGUCAAUAUUCUGCACUGUUACAUCUGCAUUAAUUACCUGCAUUGGAAGGAACAACAUUUUGCACUUCCUAUCAUACGAUUGGAAGCUCUUUUUAAAAGUUCUGUUGAAAAGCCUCUGGUCUACCUUUGUUCUCUUAAUGUAAGAAUAAAAGCUUUAUUUUUAAAUAA